AUGUGUGUGUCAUUAACAUCAAUUAACAUACCAAGUAUAUUAACAUCAAUUGGUGCACAAUGUUUCAUUGAUUGUAAAUCAUUAACAAGAAUUGACAUACCAACAUCAGUUAAAACAAUAGGAGAAGAAUGUUUUAGAAGAUGUACAUCAUUAAAAUCAAUUGAUGUUCCAUCAUCAAUUAGUGUAUUAGGAAAAAGUUGUUUUAGUGGAUGUUGUUCAUUAACAUCAAUUACUAUUCCGUCGUCAAUUAGUAUAUUAGGUCCUCACUGUUUAGACUCAUGUAAAUCGUUAAGUAAUAUUGAAUUACCAACAAGUAUUAAAGGAAUAGGAGUUAGUUGUUUUAUUUUAUGUUCAUCAUUAAAAUCAAUUAACAUACCUACAUCAAUUAGUAAAAUAGGAUAUUAUUGUUUUAAAAAAUGUUUUUUAUUAACAAAAAUUAAUUUACCAACAACAAUUAGUGAAUUAGGAAAUUAUUGUUUUAAUGAAUGUAAAUCAUUAAAAUCAAUUAACAUACCAACAUCAGUUAAGAUAUUAGGAGAUGGAUGUUUUAAAGAUUGUAAAACAUUAACUAGAAUUAAUAUACCAAUAAGUGUUAAUGAAAUAGGAAGUGAAUGUUUUUGUAGAUGUUUAUCAUUAAAUUAUAUCAAUAUUCCAAGAAAAGUUAAAGAACUAAGAAAGGAUUGUUUCAAAGGAUGUUCAUCAUUAAGUGAUAUUGAUAUUCCAACAACAAUAAGUGAAAUAGAAGAAGGAUGUUUUGAUGAGUGUCCAUCAGAAUUAAAAAAGAAUAAAGUAUUAAAGAAAAUGUAUUAUCGAAAAUAUUAUGAUGAUGAUUGUAUCAUUGUUUAA